AUGCAUGUCGACGCCAUCCAGGGUAAGGGCAUCGGCAAGAAGGGCAAGAAGAGCAAGAAGAAGAAAGACGAAGCUGGCGAGGUUAGUACCGACAAGAAGGCCGUCAGCUACUUGGCCCUUUACCGCUUUGCUACCAAGAAGGAGUACAUCUACAUCACUAUCGCCAUCAUCGGCUCGAUUGCAACCGGUGUUGGCCAGCCCUUGGUCGCAGUGCUGAUGGGGCGUAUUAUUACACACCUAACAGCUCCUGUGGCUGUCGAUAAAAUUAUCGACGACGUCGUUCUGUUCGUCAUCAUCGGCGCCGCAGUCUUCCUCUGCGCCUACCUUCAAAUGUGCUUCUGGACGCUCGCUGCCGAGAAUCAGGUUAAACGAAUUCGGGAAAAGUAUUUACAUGCGAUCUUGAGACAGGAUAUUGGCUGGCACGACACCGGCAAGCAGGCCGAAUCUCUCACCACGCGACUGAACUCUGACACUCAGUUAAUUUACGAUGGUAUGGCGGACAAGGUUGGUUUGGCGCUCUCGAGCUUCACAACCUUCGUUGCCGGUUUCGUCAUUGGCUUCACCAAUGGAUGGAGGCUGAGCUUGGUGCUCCUGGCCUGCGUACCCCUAAUCGGCGCCUGUGCGGUCAUGAUGUCGAAAAUCACUGUACAAAUGACUUCCAAGGGUCAGGACUCGUAUUCAAAGGCUGGAUCGAUCGCUGAACAGGCGUUUUCGUCAAUCCGCACCAUCGUUGCCUUUGGUGGGCAGAAGCGUGAGACCGCUGCAUAUGUCGAGCAGCUCGAUCUUGCAUAUGCCAACGGAAAGAAGCGCUCCUAUGUCACCGGUCUUGGUCUCGGCAUGUUCAUGUUCAUUUUGUUCUCGACCUAUGGCUUGGCUUUCUGGUUCGGUGCUCACGAAGUCUACAAAGGCAACAUGGAGUCUGGACAGGUCCUCAGUGUCUUCAUGGGCAUGAUCAUUGGUGCUUUUGCUCUCGGAAACAUUGGUCCCAAUGUUUCGUCGUUUGCUAGCGCCCAGGGUGCUGCGUACAAUAUUUUCCAGACCAUCGACCGUAUCCCCGUCAUCGACUCUUCGAGCCCCAACGGAGCCAAACCCGAGAACGUCCUGGGCCAUAUUGUCGUCCGCGAUGUUGACUUUGUUUAUCCCUCGCGUCCUGAUGUCCCGAUCUUGAAGAAGAUGAGCAUUGAGGUCAAGCCCGGUCAGACCGUCGCCUUGGUUGGUCACUCUGGAAGUGGAAAGUCGACAAUUGUCGGCUUGGUUGAGCGAUUCUAUGACCCACUUUCUGGAUCCAUCACCCUGGACGGCAUCGAGAUCAAGGACUGGAAUGUUACUUAUCUGCGCGAUACCAUCGGAAUUGUCUCUCAGGAACCGGUUCUUUUCAACGCCAGUAUCAAACAGAACAUCAUCUACGGUAUGCGCAAAGAUCAGUCUGAGCCCACGGAUAAGGAAAUUGAGGCCGCCUGUCGUCUUUCGAACGCACACGACUUUAUUAUGAAGCUUCCCAACAAGUACGACACUCUGGUUGGCGAGAAGGGCGCGCUGUUGUCUGGAGGCCAGAAGCAACGUAUUGCCAUUGCCCGUGCUUUGAUCAAGAACCCUCGCAUUCUGCUCCUGGAUGAGGCCACCUCUGCUUUGGAUACCGAAUCGGAACGCAUUGUCCAGGCCGCUUUAGACAAGGCCUCUGCUGGACGCUCGACCAUUGUGAUUGCCCACCGUCUCUCGACCAUCAUGAACGCGGAUGUCAUCUAUGUCAUGGACAAGGGAAUUGUUUUGGAGUCUGGAUCUCAUGAGUCCCUGUUGGCCCAAGGAGGUGUCUAUUCUGAACUUGUCGCCAAGCAGCAACUCAAGACCGGUGGAACUGAUGUCGACACCAUCGAAGACGAUGUUGUCCCCGAUAUCUCUACCUCCCCUCAUAUUGCUAUUGCCGAUGAGCCUGUUGUCCAGUAUGAGUUGGAUAACCAUCGUAAGAGCGGUACUUUCUCCACCAAGCUUCGCCGCAUGUCCUCCAUCGAAAAGCGCAAAAAGAAGGAGCAUGCCGCUUUCAUCAAGGCUCAGAAGGCGCCCAUUAUGCGUGUGCUCAAGAUCAUGCGUCCGGAAUGGGGCCUCAUCUUUGUUGGUGCUAUUCUGAGUGGAGGAGCUGGAGCCAUUUUCCCUAUGUUUGCCAAAUUCUUUGGUGAGAUCCUAGACGUCUUGCAGUGGGACCCAGCCGAACAUCCCACGUACCUUGAAGAGGUCAAUCAUGAUUCGCUCAUGUUUGUCGUUAUUGGUAUUGCCAACAUGAUUGCGACUGGAGGUUCGGUCAUGAUCUUUGAGUUGGCUGGUGAGAGGAUGGCCCGCCGUAUGAGAACCCUCAGUUUCCAGGCCAUUAUGUCUCAAGAGAUGGGCUUCUUUGACCGUGAGGAGAACACCACCGGUGCUCUUGCGUCGCGUCUUGCCACCGAUGCCUACCAGAUGCACGAACUGGUCUCGCAGAUCAUGAAGCUGGCCUUCCAGGUGCUGGUCACUGUCGGCCUGUCUCUUGGAUAUGCCUUUUCUCGUAGUUGGCGAUUGACCUUGGUCAUCUUGGCUGUGAUUCCUCUGCUCGCUGCCUCUCAGUUCUUCGCCAUGCAGACUUUAACGGGCUUCAGCACCAAGACCAAGAAGGCGUAUGAGCAAUCUGGACGCGUCGCUAGUGAGGCCAUUUCCAACGUCCGCACUGUCGUUGCUUUAGCCAAGGAAGAGACCUUUGAGAGCCGAUACUACGACAUCACGAAGGCACCACACAGCAUCGCUUUGCGCCGUGCUUACUUUGGAUCUGUGGGCUAUGCGAUGUCGCAGGGAGUGAUGUUCUGGACCUACGCUGUUGGAUUUUAUGCUGGCUACCGCUUUGUUGAGGCUGAAAUGAUGCAGUGGUCAGAUCUCUUCUCGACUAUGUUCUUCAUCGUCUUCAUGGCUAUGGGUCUCGGACAGAUGGCCGCACAGCUUCCGCGUUUCGUCAAGGGCAAGGAGUCCGCUAUUAACGUGUUUGAGCUCUUGGACAAGCACACGACUAUCGACGCCUACAAGGACGGCAUCUCGCCUGACAGUGUUAACGGCUACCUUGGUCUGGAGGACGUUCACUUUCAUUACCCAACCCGUCCUGAUCAGCAAAUCUUCAAGGGUGUCAACGUCUCUGUCAAGCCCGGUCAGACAGUUGCGCUGGUUGGUCCCUCCGGAUGCGGCAAGUCGACUAUCAUUGCCUUGCUGGAGCGUUGGUACGAUACCCUUGAGGGCAAGGCCACGAUCGACACGUACGACGUCAAGGAUCUGCAGCUCGACAACAUCCGCAAGCACAUGGCUCUUGUCGGUCAAGAACCUGUGUUGUUUGAUAUCUCGAUCGGCGAAAAUAUCCGCUACGGUAUUCCUGAUGGCCAGACUGUGGAUCAGGAGCAAGUUGUUGCUGCCGCAAGAGCAGCCAACAUCCACGACUUUGUCGUGUCUUUGCCUCAGGGAUACGAUACCCGUGUUGGAGACAAGGGUUCGCAGCUGUCCGGCGGUCAGAAGCAGCGUAUUGCGAUUGCUCGUGCAUUGAUUCGUAAUCCCAAGAUCUUGCUGCUGGACGAGGCCACCUCUGCUUUGGAUUCCGAAUCCGAGAAGCUAGUUCAGGAAGCAUUGGACAAGGCGCGAGCGGGCAGGACGACGGUUGUGAUUGCACAUCGCCUGAGGACUAUCCAGGAUGCGGACUUGAUUCUCGUGGUGAAAGACGGAGCCAUUGUCGAAUCUGGUCGCCAUUACGAGUUGAUUGGCUUGGGUGGACUUUAUGCUGAGCUCUGCACGAGACAGAACCUGGACGUCUCUCAUUAA